CUUCUCUGCUCAUCAGCCCUCCUGCAGACCUGCCCGUCCCCCCAGAGCAUCACUGCAGCCCCAGCCUGACGAGCAACAUGAAGCCCCUGACCCUCCUGCUGGGCUUCACAGCUCUCCUGCUCUCUCUCACAGACGCCGCAUCAGUGGACUCCAGGAUUAUAAAUGGACAAGAGGUGAUGCCCCAUUCCAAGCCGUACAUGGCCUCGCUGCAAAUAAAGGGAAGCCAUAUUUGCGGGGGGUUUCUCGUGGGGAAAUCCUUUGUGAUGACCGCGGCUCACUGUUUUAACAGGAACAUGGAAAUGACUGUGGUUCUGGGGGCUCAUGACAUCAGUGAUAGGAUUGAGAGAGUACAGAGGGUUGCCGUGAGGUUUUAUCACAUAUACCCCGGAUAUGACAACCAUACACUGCAGAACGACAUCAUGCUCCUGCAGCUGCAAAAAGAGGCUCAAGUGGGCAGCAGGAUACAGUGCAUCCCACUUCCAAAGAAGGAUAAAGAUGUGAAACCAAAAACGGAAUGCGUUGUAGCUGGAUGGGGAGCGACCAGAACAGGGGGGAAUGCAAGCUCCAAGCUCCGAGCAGUCAAUGUCACUGUGAUAGACAAGAAAGUCUGCAAAACUGCAUGGAAAAACCAGAUAACAGAGAGGAUGAUGUGUGCUGGAGGAAACGUUGGCAGACACGGCUUUUGUCAGGGAGACUCUGGGGGCCCUUUGGUGUGCAACAAGAAACCUACAGCUGAAGGAAUCGUUUCAUUCAAUGAGUGGAAAGCCUGCGACAACCCACAAAAACCCAACGUCUACACACAGGUGUCUAAGUACCUGCCCUGGAUCAAGUGUAUAAUGGAGAGCACAAAUUGACAGAGCAGCCAAGCGCUCGGUAGAAUAACCCUUGUCUCCCUGUUGCAAAUGGGUAUAGCUGUCAGUAAACAGUCUCGCGAUUCAGUGAUAACCUUUUGCUACUGACAUAUGAAGCCACGGAUAUCAACUCCUUCAGUGCAUCUAUGUAAAGCUAUUUGAAAAAUAAACUGUUUUAAAAAUAAA